CACAUUGCUUCUCUCACUCUCUUUCCCUCGUUUUCUUCAAUUUUCUUUCCCUCUUUUUUACUGUUGUUGUCUCUCCAAACCCUCACUUCAUUCUGCUCCCAAUUCUCACCACCUUCCACAAUUGCACCUUCCACUCCUUCCCCGUCAAACCCCUAAAACCUAGAACAUCAAUUAUUCAAUUGAUUGCACAAUUCAAGAAUCCUUUUUUAGCUGGAGACAAAGAGAUCGCAUCAUGCAGCGGAAGACGCCUCCUUCGACUUCUAGAAAGCAGUCGCCUUUCACUUCCAUGAAGCCGCCUUUUGGUGGAGGAGGCGACUACCACCACUUUGCUAGUGGUGACCCUGAUCAAGAAUUUUCCGAGGCCGUUGUUGUCAACAAGCGUCCUGUGAGUGUUCCGAGUUUCCUUCUUAACUUGGAAUUGAGGUUUGUCGUGUGUACUUGCAGUUUUAGUGGCGUCGUUGAAAUAAGACUAGAGGGUUUCUUAUGGAGUGUGAUUCUUCAGCCAUUAAAGCGGAAAACUGGAGUAGCAGAACCUGAAGCGGAACCUGCUGACAAUAAUGCAGGUCCUGGCAAUCUUAAUGCCCCGAAAGGUCCCUUUCAGACACCACCACCUGCAAAAUCAGGAAAGCAAAAGGUUUCAAGGACAAAGGCCAACAGGGCUGGAUCUCAGACCCCCAUGCCAAAUGUUGGGUCUUCUAGUGGCAAUAAUCUCACCCCUGUUGGUCAUUGUCGUUAUGAUAGCUCACUAGGUCUCUUGACAAAAAAGUUCAUCAAUCUAAUCAAACAUGCAGAAGAUGGUGUUCUAGAUUUGAAUAAAGCUGCAGAUACUUUAGAGGUACAGAAGAGGCGUAUAUAUGAUAUUACUAAUGUUCUUGAAGGCAUUGGUCUUAUAGAAAAGAAUCUCAAGAACAGAAUCCAGUGGAAGGGCUUAGAUGUAGCAAGACCAGGGGAAGCUGAUGAGAGUGCACCUGCUCUACAGGAAGAGCUUGAAAAUCUAAACAUCGAGGAGUCCAGAUUAGAUGACCGCAUAAGAGAAAUGCAGGAAAAGUUGAGGGGCAUGAUUGAAGACAAAGGCAAUGAAAGAUGGCUUUUUGUCACAGAAGAUGAUAUAAAAUGCUUACCCUGCUUCAAGAAUGAAACUCUUAUAGCAAUCAAAGCUCCUCAUGGCACUACUUUAGAAGUUCCAGACCCUGAUGAGGCAGUUGAUUAUCCACAGAGAAGGUACAGAAUAGUUCUUCGGAGCACAAUGGGGCCUAUCGAUGUUUACCUUGUCAGUCAACAUGAGGAAAAAUUUGAGGAGGUUGAUGCUGUCGAUGAACAUCCAAGCAUUCCUGCUGUGCCGGGAGUAGAGGCUAAUGAUUAUGCUUCUGUACCAUCUCCAAGGCCGAAAACCGGAGGUAGUGAAACUGCUAUGCCGGGAGAAGAGCUUCGAAGGAUGUGUCCGGAUGUGAGUACAUCAGAUGAUUUCGUGAGUGGUAUCCUCAAGAUAGUGCCAGAAGUUGAUAGCGGUGCUGAUUAUUGGCUGUCCUCGGAUGCGGAUAUAAGCUACACUGACAUGUGGAGCGUUGAACCUAUCAUCGACGACUGGGAGAGCUUGGAUGUGCCUGAUUAUGCCACAGCAGGAAUCACUACGCCACGAGCCCAAACUCCAGCACGAAACAUGACUGCAGCGUCUCCAGUUCAAGCUACCACGCCUUCUGCUUUGGCAACGGACCAAAUUCCACCUGCGACCACAAAGCCUCCUCCUUCAACCAUUCCGAGUGGGAUUUGAAGAUGAAUUUGGAUGAAUAUGCAUUGUUGUACAUUAGAUAAUGAAGGUUGGUCAUCUCUACCGAUAUAUUGGAUGUAUAUUGUAGAUAUGUUGGAGAAGAAGAGAGGUAUAUGGUGGUCUUGGCUGUACAGUUUCAAAAUUAGAUGGUACAAAUGCAAUAGCAAUAAAUCAAUACUGCUGUGAGAAUUCAUAUCAUGUACAUCAUCACCCAAGAUAAUUUCCUAGGAAUUUAUUCCUUUCUUUUUGUAAUGAAA